GCGGGGGGGCGCCGCGGAGCCGCCGCUGGCGGCGGGGCCCGGAUGGAGCCGCUGACGCCGGCGCACAAGCACCGCCCGGCGCCGCCCGGCCAUGGCACCGCCCGCAGCGCGGCUGGCGCGCAUCUCCCGCACCGUCACCUUCAGCGCCUGCCACCGGCUGCACAGUAAAUCUCUGAGUGAUGAAGAAAACCUGAAGCUGUUUGGGAAAUGCAACAACCCCAAUGGCCAUGGACACAACUACAAAGUGACCGUCACUGUGCGAGGAGAGAUUGACCCAAUCUCAGGAAUGGUUAUAAACCUGACAGACCUGAAGGAGUACAUGCAGGAGGCCAUCAUGGAACCACUUGACCACAAAAACCUGGAUAAGGAUGUGCCAUACUUUGCUGAGGUGGUGAGCACCACAGAGAAUGUUGCAGUAUUCAUCUGGGAAAACCUCAAGAAGCUCCUGCCCCUGGGAAUUCUUUAUAAAGUCAAAGUCUAUGAAACAGAGCAGAACAUUGUUGUUUAUAAAGGAGAAGAAACCAUCUCUGAGAAGUGAAAUAAGCCUCAACUGGGCAGAAGCUCUGCUGCACAAUCAACUCUGUGGAUUAAUUCAACCCUGCUUGCUGUGUUUCCCACACCUGAGCCCUGGCUGUGUGUUAGAUAGGAACAAAUGCAGAUGUUUCAGAAGGAUUCUUGCAGCCAUCCAGCAGUUUGGGCUCUCAGAAUGUGUUGCUUUGUCUGCUGCUUCUCCAGCCAUUCCCUGUGCAAACUCAGCCCACCAAGCUGAGGUGAGACUGCCAAUUGUGCCACAUGAAAUGAAGAAGCUUCCUGGAGAGGAGGUAGCCUGGCAAAAUGGAUGGGCUCUGGUUACAAAAGGCUUUGAUUUUCCUCUAGGUAAAUGUUGGCUUUUAUGAUUUUUAAUCACCUGGCUUUGGAGGUUUUCUUCUUGAUCUGGCAGAGAAACAUCCUUGAAAAUGAGAAC